AUGGGCGGCAUCUACAACAAGGCCUGGCAGUUCAUGGCGACGCAGGACCUGUUGCUGCCGUCGCCCUGGGUCGCCGAGAUGCAGUUCAGCUUCGAGGACUUCCCGCCGCGGCCCUGGGCGGAGCUGGAAAAGACGGUCGAACGCGCGCUCGCGGGGCGGCCGCCGAGCGCCGGCGCGCCACCGGACGCGACGGGUCUGCUCCGCUACUUCGCGUCCGUCGACCCCGCGCCGCUCGCGUCGGCGUCCAUCGGCCAGGUCCACGCGGCGACGCUCUAUUCCGGCGAAGCGGUCGUCGUGAAGGUCAUCUACCCCGAGAUCCGGACGCACAUGCGGAGCGACCUCGCGAACAUCGCGCAGGUCGCGGACCUCAUCUUCGGCAUGAUCGACAUGCCCAUCAAGGACACGAUCAUGACCAUCUUGGGCGAGUUCAUGAUCUCCUUCCCGCUGGAGAUGGAUUUCGGCAACGAGCUCGAGAACACGCGGCGGACGCGCGCGCUGAUCGACGCCGAGGGGCUGGGAGACGCGAUCCGCGUGCCGCGGUGCUACGACGAGCUGAGCGACGCGAGCGUUUUAGUGAUGGAGCGGCUCGACGGGACGACGGUCGCGUCGCUCGCGGAGUCCAAGGCCGGCGGGGUUUCGGAGGAGGCGUCCAAGAGCGUGCUGCGGAUCGUCGACGUCCUGGGGAAGAUGAUCUUCCGCGACGGCUGGUUCCACGCGGACACCGGCGCGGACACGCACCCGGGCAACGUCAUGGUGCUCGGGGACGGGUCCGUCGGGCUCAUCGACUUCGGCCAGUGCUGCGCGCUCAACGACGAGUCGCGGAAGCGGCUCUGCUCCCUCGUCAUGCUGCUGAGAUUGCGGAGCCCCGCGCUGCUCAAGCUGACCUUCGCGGACCUGCCGUCGCUCUUCGGCGACUUCGACUUCAAGUUCAACACGGCGGACGUGGACGAGAUCGGCGCCCUCUUCGCCUACUUCUUCGACACGGACGCGACGGCCGGCGGCACCGUGGACCCGGCGACGUACGAGUCCAUCCGGCGGACCGCGCGCUACAAGCCCGCGGCGCUGCCCAUCGCGACGGACUGCCCGAAGGAGGUCGUCUUCUUCGGGCGCGUCGUCGCGUCCCUGCGCAAGUGCUUCGAGAAGGUGGGCCUCGAGGGCUUCUCCGUCGUCGACGCGUGGUACGGCGUCGCGCGGCGGUCGCUCGCGGAGCUCCGGGCGGCCGAGGACGCGCCGGACCGCGUCGCGGACUCGUUGCUCGCGCUCCUGCCCGCGGACCCGGGCCACCUCGAGCUCCAGCGGUCGCUCGCGAUGCGGUUCCUCGACGUGCCCGACGCCGAAAAGGCCGCGGCCGUCGACGCGCACCGGCCGCUGCUCGCCGCGGCCGUCGCGGCGCCGGAGUUCGCGCGGAGCGUCGCGGGGUUCGCGCUGCUGCGACCCGACGACCUUCGCGCGGCGCUGGUCGUCGCCGGCGCCGCGGUCCUGUUCGCCGCGUGCUCCCUCGUCGGCACCCUCGCGCGAUGGGCCCUAACGUAG